UUCAAAGACAUUUUCCAAAAAAUAUUCAAAAAGUCAGCAAAAAGGAAAGAAACUAGCCACAAUACAGGAAGGAUGCAUAUAUUACAAGCAAGGAAAGUACAAUGAAAACAUGGAAAAACAGCUUGGAUGGGAAAUUCAUUCUCUCAAAACAUUAAUUGGACAUAUGUAUGAAAAGCAUGGUAUAGAUGAAGGAGCAAAAAUUUUCCUUAAUGAUAUUUUACAGCCUGAAGAAUUAAAAGAAUUUAUUGAAAACAUAUGCCAAGCUAUAAAUUAUGCUGAAAACCUAAAUCAUCUAAUUCAGUUAUUAGACGGUUUUAUGAGCGAGAACGAAAAAAUGCUCGAGAAAGAGAAGAAAGAAGGGGAAAAACCAAAAGAAUUAACUCCAGAACAAAUAGAGAUAAAGUAUGUCCGAGAAAAUUAUGACGAAAUAGUUAAUGUAAUUAAUAAUGAAAAUAUAACAACGACUGGUUAUAGUUUACGUGAGGAUAUUCGAAAUAUACUUGGAAGACUUAUACAAAAAAUAUCUAGUCAAGGAAAAUUUUAUGAUUAUGAAGGAAUAGAAAUGUCUAGUGAAGAAGAUUGA